GUCGUAAUAAUUGUUUUAAAUAAAUUCAAUGAAAUUGGAUAUAGUGAUUAUUUAUUUCUGCAUUAUGGAAAUAUAAUUUAUUUAUUUAUUAAAUAAGCAAUUAGUCAAUGAAAGCAAGAUGUCUGCAGACUCACCAAGAAGAGGACUUCAUCGGGGUAUCCAAGUGGUUUCACCUCAGCCGAUCAGUGAUCGAUCAAUAAUUGAUAGUGUUGCUGGUAUUAUCAAUGACAUUGUUCCUCAAGCAUAUACUGGCUCACCCAACUCAGACAACAAGGAAUCAAUAACAUGGGCACGCUUUGAGUAUGCAGAUGUCAAUGAUCCAUCUUUCUUUCCCGAUUAUAUUGAAGGAUCUAGUACACCUCCAUUACUAUUGGUUUUAGGAUACACAACUGGUGUACAGGUUUGGCUGAUAGCAGCAUCAGGAGAAGCAACCGAAGUCUUAUCAUGGAGACAAAGUGUUGUUCGUAUUUUAAGAAUUUUACCAGAUCCAAAAAUAGUUGAAGACUAUCCGGAUCCCUACGAACAGAAGCGACCAAUAAUAGCGAUAUGUGAUUCUGCUGGACCUGGUCCUCAAUUUUGCAGCGUUAAUUUUAUUUCUUUAAGAACUGGAGAGCAAUUGAAGAGCAUUAAAUUUAAAAAUCCUGUUUGUGAUGUUUUAGCGAAUAAACGAUCGAUAGUAGUUACGUUUUCAGAGAAGAUAGCGGUUUUUGAUGCUCGAACUUUUGAAGAUAUUUUAACUGUAACGACUUGUUAUCCGUGCCCUGGUCCAAAUCCUAAUCCCGUUGCUCUUGGAACAAGAUGGUUCGCUUACAGUGAGAAAAAAUUAAUACCCGCACGUCGAAGUAGCGGUGGAAGUGAAGGCGAAGGAGUACAAAGUUAUACAGCCGCUGUUUUGUAUGCUGCUAAAUCACUGGGUAAAGGAUUGCGCGGACUAGGCGAAACAGUGGCCUCGAGUUUGACUGGAAAUUCAGUAGCUCCAAUGACAAUCAAUAACAGUGGCAGUGAUGUCACACAACCUGGUGUGGUAACCAUAUUAGAUUUACAUGCUACGAAAGAAGAAAAAGAACUUGAUGAUCCUGCUAUUGAAACAGUGGUCGCUCAUUUUACUGCUCACAGUGACGCGAUCGUUGCUAUGACAUUUGAUAUGACUGGAGCGAUUUUAAUGACUGCUGAUAAACGAGGACAUGACUUUCAUGUAUUUAGAAUACAACCUCAUCCUGGUGGUCCAACUUUAGCUGCUGUACAUCAUCUUUAUGUUUUACAUCGUGGUGAUACUACUGCUAAAGUACAAGACAUGGUUUUUUCAAGUGAUACAAGAUGGGCAGCUGUGUCAACGGUUCGAGGAACAACUCAUGUAUUUCCCGUAGCUCCUUAUGGUGGGCCUGUGGGCAUGAGAACCCAUUCUACUCCCCAUGUUGUUAACAGACUCUCUAGAUUUCAUAAAAGCGCUGGUCUUACUGAUGAUGGCACCAGGUCUCAUUCUCCUGUUUCUCAUACUGAGUUGCAGCCUUCGGUUUAUCCGUAUUCUAAUCCAAGACUACCACCGUAUCCACAUCCAACGAUAAUUCAUCCAUUAGCACAGAUCCGUCAACCAUCGACAUUAAAUCAUACUAAUAAUCAAUCACAGCCGAGUCGACCACAGCAAAGACAACGGUUGCAUUCUGAUGACAAUGGAACAUUACCUUUAAAAAUUUGCGCUUGUUUUGCACCACCAAGAGCAUGGAUUUACACACAAAGAGAUUCGACAAACAAAGUUUCUAAACGAGCUAUUGACUCGUUAUUCAUUAUGGCAUGCCAUGGAAAUAUGAUUCAGUACGAUUUAGAACCAAAACCAGCUACAGGUGUACCGAAGGAAAAAAUAUGUGAUGACACCUCCAUUGAAUUAGAAGUUGAAGCAAAAGGGCAAUGGCCAUUACUGAGAAUGCCAAAUUCUUUCGAAAUCCUUCUUCCUCUCUCUUCAAUGAGUCCAUUACUUUGUUAUUCUGGAUCUCCGAAAAGCGUUCAGAAUUUAGAUAAUACAGAAGACCGUUGGUUAAGCCAAGUUGAAAUUGUAACUCAUGCAGGACCACAUCGCAGAUUGUGGAUGGGUCCACAGUUUGUUUUUAAAACGUAUAAUACAUCUAGUGGUAUUAAUGUGGCUGAAUCUGAAGCUAUAGAAAUUGGAAUAAUCGGAGGAUCUCGACCAGCACGAUCAAAUCCUGUGAAUAUGCCCCAUGCUGCGUCUCGACCUCUAGUGCCUGUUGUUAUUGAUGGCUCAGGAAGCAGUUAUGAACAGUCGCCAAGAUUAACAGAAACGUUUGAGAAUUCGGUUGAAAACGAUGGAGUGGGUAUCGGUAACGGUGAAAAUCAACUUCGCGAAGAUCUUGCAGAAGCGAUGCUCGAGACUUCAGCAGCUGCUCAUCGUGCACCAGGGAGGCGAUUGGUAGUUGAGAGGGUGGGACAGCCGGUAACUAAAGUCGUCAACCCUCUGGGCACCGUAAUAACUAUCUUGGCCGACGAGGAAGACGCGAGUUCGAGGGAAGAGUUUGAUGACGAAGAAGAUUGUGUUCCAGAUGCUCCUAAGAGCUUGUGCGCUGAGGAGGGACCCGCUUCUCUCGGAGAUUUUCAAUCUGAGGGCAGCUCACUUCGUAAUAUUACUGAAAUUUGUGCUGAAAUGCGUGCGGCUAGUGAACCAGCUAUUGACAGUGUGCCAGAUGACAGUAUAAAAGACGUCCAGGAGCACAAAUCACUUUGUGUUGAAGCUGCGACCAUGAACUCCGCCGACAAUGCUAUAGAUUUUGAACGUGAAGGAGCAUUUUGUGAUAUUCCUACUAAUUUAAGUCUAUGUGCUGAACAAGGUGAGAUUCCAAACAGUCCUAUGACCCAAGCCAGGGAAAGUUCUUGGUCUAAUCGUUUAAUAAAAUCCGAGGAAUCUCAAAUUCAACAGCACAAUUUUGCUGCUGCUAAAUAUAUCGUUAAUUAUGAUGACCAAAAUGUCGUUUUAGCCGAAAAUAAAUUCGAUAAAUCAGAGAUUAAAUCAAUUAAAAAAAAUAAUGAUCCAUCGAAUACCGAUGAAUCUGGACAUACAUCCAAAAGAUCAACUGCCGCUAAUUUUCGUGUUAACAAACGCAUGUCAACUUUCAAUAAAGAACGACCUAAAUAUUUAAUUCGCGAACAAGAUGACAGUGUCCUUAUUGAAGACACCAGCGCUCCUGUCAAAAAUAAAAUUAUAGAGUCUGCGGAUAAAAAUAUGUCAAUUGACAACAAAAAAUUACCGGAUGUCAAUAAGAAGUUAAACGUUGAUGAGUUUAAAAAAGAGCGUAAUCAAAAAAUGGCCGUCGACAAUACAACUGGUGCUGAUAAACCGGAAGUAAUGGUAGUAGAGAGCAGUAAAUCAAUUGAAACAAUCGACUCAUUUGUAGAGUUAAAAGCAAUUGAUGUUUUUAAUGAAAAAAGUUGUAGUUUUGAAUUAUGUAGAGAAAUAUCAGAGCCAAUGGAAGCUUCUGUUGCUACCGGAUGUGAUAUGGCGUCUUUGCCAUCUGAUUUACCGCCAGCACUUGAUGAUUUUCAUUGCGUCGAUUAUCAUAUUGUUGAAGACAAUGUUUUUCAUAUGAAGGAUUCGAUGUAUCCUAAUCAAUAUGACGAUGAUAUCGAGCAUAUAAAUACUACUGAUGAUAUUCUAAAGAUGGUCGAUGUUAAAAUGGACAGAGACAGAGAAAUAAAUAAAAUUGUUAUCGAUGAAAUAGAAUCGUCGCCAAUGCGACAAAGAAAAAGUAGUAAAAGUACUAUUUCAGAUGACGAUCUUGAGCAUAUUAAUAGUUCAGAGCUUACGGAAUUGUUUGAAAAAGCAAAGACGCUGAUAGUUGAGCAAAAUGAUGAUGUUAAUUUGUCAGACAAUUAUCAGUUACCAGCAAACAAAGUUGGAUUGUCAUCAGACGAUGAAAUCGAACAUGUUGUUCAUUCAGAAUUUACUGAAAUUAGUGAAUCUCCAUCUCCAGUUAUACCUUUGCAAGUGCAAUCACCACAGCAAUUAUGCUUAGAAUCGCCUGUAAAUAAACCGCGAAAAAAAUUGUUAGCAAAUGAUGAAAUAAAAGCACCAAUUAAAAUUAGAACUUCGAGAAAGCGUAAAGAUGUCGUUGUUAUUAACAGCGAAAUUACUGAAGCAGAUGUCACUGUCAUCGUAAAAUCACUUGAUCAUACGGAAAAUUGGGACAAGAGUAAAAGUCCUGAGAAAGAUUUAGCUGAAGAAAUAGAUCGAUGUGUAGAACCUGCGGACCAAUCAGUAGAGCCGACUACGUCACAGAGUUUGCCGAAAAAAACCCGAGUGCGAACGAGCAAAAGUUCAGGUUCUGUUAUACAAAAAAAUUCGGCGUCAAAUCUUAUUGAGAUUAUUGAUAUAGAUGCGAUGCAAAAAGCGGAAAUGGAAGUAGCGAGUGGAAUUACAAUACCAGAAUGUAAAAUUUUAGACCCGUGUCAAGAUAUUCCAGUUGCGCGAAUGAAAAAAUCACGUCGUAAUAAAGAAAUAGAUGCGGAUAAUGACAGUCCUAAAAUAAGUCCAAUUAAUUUAAUUAAAUCUGACUCCCUGAGUGAAUCUAGACCCACUGAUGGACUUGAUUGGGGUAUGACAGGCCAGAAAAAAGAAUCAGAUGUCAGUAAAAAUAAAAUAAAAUCUGUUGAUGAUAAAAAAUCUUCAAAAGAUGAAACGAUUUGUGAAAUAAAAGCAACUAAGAAACGCGGUAAAAAAUUAUCCUCAGCUUCUGAAUCUAUCACUAGUACAAAUUGUCAAUUUAGCCUUAAUUGUGAAGCUUCAGAAGCUUAUAAGUGUUCUGCUGAAGAUGCUUCGACUUUGAUCUCAACAAGUUCUUCAAUGGAAGUCACGUCAUGUAUAAAAGACACUAAAUGUGAAGAAGAUUUAGAUGUAACUAAAGAAGAAAACAAUGUACAAAUUACCGGUGAAUUGGAAACAAAUGAGGAAAAUUUAUCAAGUAGCAGUAGUACAGAUUUGCUGCAACAGCAACAGCAGCAGGAACUUAAACAAGAUUCAAAUGAUGAAGUUGCGCCUGAGCGGUCAAGUUCUUCUGAUGAUCUCAAUGCUAAUGUGGUUCCAAUGGACACGGAAGAGGACAGUGGGGUAAAAGAAGUGGUUGAAAAACCUAAUUCAACAACUGCAUCUCCAUCUUGGUCAACUGUAGGCAAGAAAAAUAACAGAUCUAAGAAAAAAAAACGCAGAUGAGUAAAGGAUUGCGUAGAUAUGCCUAAAGCAAGUCUUGCUCUCUAUAUAAUACUCAUGCAAGUUGCUGGGGUGGAUUGAUAAUUAUAAAUUAAUUAAAUAAUAUUAAAUAAUAAAAUAAUCUUAUUAACUAAUUGACGUAGAUUGUAGUUAAUACAAUUAUAAUAGAUAAUAAUAAUUUAUGAUUGUUAGUAGAUAGUUAAUCAACGAAGUAGUUUUUGUUUGAGUAAUUAAAAUUUUUGUUUAUCGAGAAUUUUAAAAAUCUUGUAUUGUAGAUUUGAAAAGAAAAAAAACUGCGAAUCCGUCAACGUUAUAAAAUAAUGUCGCAUUUCUUAAAAAAAAUUUUUACGUAGUUUCGAUCUCAGAAAUUAUGACUAGAAAAAUUAUAUUUUAGUUGAUAUGCUUUUUUUUUUAUUGUUUAAUUAUUUUAGUAUUAAAUUAAAAUUAAAUUUGCGAUUUUGCAAAAAGUAUUACAUAUAGAGUGUUAUAAAUUAUAUGCAUAUAUUUUUUUUUCUUUCUGAUUAAAUACAGAAUUGAAAAUAUUUUCCUUCGUAGCGAAGAGUUUGUAUUUCUAAAAGAAAAAAAUGAAAAAAAUUGUUAAAUAAUUAAU